AUGAGUUCGGUCGCGGGCGGUGGACCACCCCUAUUCACUCACUCAGCAAGCAGCAGUAGCAUCGAUCGUCCUCCCGAGGCGAGUACUUCAUCCUCCGCUUUAUCAAAUCAGCAUGACAGGAAGCGUCCUAGGGCAAGUACGUCCAAGAUGCCGCAAGAGCCAACUCUUCGGCAUCCACAUCACCAACAGCAGCAGCAGCAACAGCAACGCGCGGGUUCGGGCGGGCACGAUGAAGAUAAAGUGAUGGCUAAUGGAGGCGAGGAGGAGGAGAAUAUACGCAAGAGGAGACUGGCACUUUCUUGUGAGUUGAUGUGGGGCAUGCCGUAUUCGAGCUUCGAUUUCGUUGACCGGGUUUCCAUACGGUGGGCAGGCUCCGAGUGCCAGCGCCGAAAGAUCAAAUGUGUGAGUGGCCAAAGACCAUCCUGUCCUCAGAGACUUUAUCAGCACUUCCACUGACGGUUCUUUUCCCCUUCUCGCUCUCAGGACCGAAAACAACCUUGUUCGGCGUGCAUCCGACGCAAAGUCGCGCACAACUGCAACUGGGACGACGACCCGGACUCGUCAGGACAAUUCGCGCUCAACUCGGACGUGCGCCACAUUCAUCGUCGUUUGGCUCAUUUGGAAUCUUUGGUCCAAGGAUUUCACCCUGAAGCUGUGUUAUUACCGAAUUUGAAUGACUCUACGAGUGCGAGUGCGAUGGUCCUGGGGGCUGCGAUGGAUUCACAAGGGACUCGGAGAGCGGCGACAAAUCCUUUGACCUCGGAACCGAAUUCACCCCGGACCUCGAGACGCUCGUCGCAAGCCAUACGCGAAUCGGAUGCGCAACACCGAUCCCAACAAACGGCACGCCAAAGCGAAGACCAAGAAACUCGUCAGGAUCCCCAUUCCGAUACCGAGGAUGCGGUCGCCGAUCUCGAAUCCGUCGCAUUUGGCGCCCGAGUCCCCGUCCUGCAAGCCGUCAACGCCGCCGCAGAAAUGAACGCCAGUCGACCCGUCCAAUCCCGCGUCGGGAUCGAACUCACAAGCGCUUUAACGAGCAUCAUCGCGGAACCUUUGUCGUACGACCAGGAUGGGCGCCCUAGGAGUGCGGUGAGGUUGGGUUUGGAUCUAGCGGUGCCGACGAAGCAGUUGCCCGAUGCGAGGAGUGAAGCGAUGGCGCAGAUCUUUGCAGUCUUGCCCGGGAAGGAGAUUGCGAGGUUCUUGAUUGACAAAUAUUUUGAUGAGGUAUGUUACUGUGUCACCCUCAGUUAGUACUGGUGCUGAUGUAUUCUGUUGCAUCGCUCAGAUGGAGUGGGAUUUUCGCAUUCUCGACCCCGUCGCUUUCCCUAUCGAGCACGAACGCUACGUCGAGAUGAUCGCGGAGGGGAGGGAAGACUCGAUCGACCCACUCUGGGUCGCGGUCUUUUGUAUGGCAAGUCUACUGGGCUUUCGAUUCCGUCGUUAAGCCCGCCCGAGCUAACUCGGAAUCCUCGGACUACUUGCCGCAGGUUCUCGCAUUGUCUUUGGAAGGGUUUUGGUCUCGCUCGAAUGGCAAAAAGGAUCUCUCGCUUUUUCAUGGUCUGACCGAACGGGAGUUGCAGGACCUACCUUCCGUCUUUCACGAUGCGUCGUUACGGGCUCUACAGCUCGGUGAAUGGGGUGGCACACCGAGGAUCCGUACGAUCCAGACCAUCAUCCUUUUUGGGCAGUACAUCCAGCUCUCGUCGCAAUCGGGUCAGCAAGGCCGCUUUCUCGGCUGGGCCGCAAGUGGGAUCAGGAUCGCCCAACGCAUGGGGCUACAUCGGCUCGGGUCCAAUCCUCGCACAAUGCCACCCGACGAUCCUGCCCUUCCCCCCGGUGUCAACUCGCUCAAGCGCGAGACAGCCGUUCGAGUGUUCAACUACCUCGUUCUCAUCGAUUCGUUCCUGAGCGAUUCGGCCGUCUUCAGAUGCUACAUCCUUCAUCCGUCACAAUACAACACGUGUCGACCUCUAAACCUCAACUUUGACGAUUUGUCAAGAACCGAAUGGAGGACCAUCACCCCUCCCCCGAAGAACGUCUACACCGAUGCGAGCUUUGAGAUCGCGCAAUGCGAGUUGGGGGCUCAAGUCCGUCGAGUGCUGGACGAGUUGGUCCUUUCGGGGAAACCUUUUUCGUACUCGGCCGUCAUGGAGCAGGAUGCUUUGUUCCGUCGUGUGUUUGAGGGACUGCCAGACGUGCUGUCGACAGCGAACCCUCCCGUCGAGUCGGUGCAGAUAAGGUAUCAGAGGUCGCUGUUGCACGAAGACGUCUACGCCCGACUGGUGCGCCUGCAUCGACCUUUCCUCUUGCGUGGGUACGGCCCGACCUCGCCUUACCGCUACUCAACGAGCUCGUGCGUCGACGCAUCAAGAUCCAUCAUCCGAUCCAACUAUGACCUCCUGAGCAUUACAGGCUCCUUAUGGUGGAUGUUCACCUCUUCGAUGCGCGCAACGAUCGUGUGCUUCAUGGAUCUCUUUCAUGCGAUCGAUACCGAUCGACCCGAAGUUGAGAUCAAGGAGAAACGAGCGGUGUUAAUGCAAGCUUCCGUCAUCUUCGCGACUCAGGUUCAUUCGCCUGCGCUUCAGGCGGUCGUGGAACAAGGUCGUCGGAUCCUGAGUGGUCUUUUCGCAGCGGAGGAGAAUCGACGAACGACAUUGGCGGCGCAUACACUAGCAGGAGGUGGAGUCGCUCCUGCCCAGGAAACCUUUGCGCAGGUGUUGAAGAGGGUCUCUAACGAAAUAGCAAGGGAGGAAAGGGCGCUGUUUGCAGCUACGUCGAACCAUCUCCCUCCUUCACCUUUCCCACCUCCUUCUUCCGCCUCGUCUUCAGCGACGUCGGCGCCGUUCGUCACGCAUCAAUUGGCGUACGGGGCGCCUGCUGCAGAUCCAGGGGCGUUCGAAUAUUGGAGCUCGAUGAAUCACGUCAACUCCAACUUCCCCAACAAUCAACAACAAGGUGGCAACUCCGCCUCCCCUUCGAUGAGUAGCUACGUGCGCACACCGACGAGUUUCCCCCUCGUCGGAGGACCGGUGGGUACUAGUUCAGCGACGGCGAUCAAUGGGCAAGAUUUCGCGAGCUUUUUCGAGACGUUGGCGAGUAAGGAUUGGGCCAAUGCUGCAGGUUUGAAUGGGAGUGAUGGCGGCCAGGAGAGUGGGCUUUUGGGACAGAUGGCGGCAACUUGGUGA